CCGCGCAGCUAUUUCCGGCCGCCGCCGGGCGCUUCCGGUUUGCGCGCGAGGCCCGGCCGGAGGCGGAGGGGCGAGCGCUGCGGCGGGUCCCGGCCACCCUCCUGUGCCGCUGGGUGCCGGCCCUGCGCCGCUUGUGCUCGCUGCUGGAUCCCCCGAGGGUUUAAGUCUGUUUUAUUAUACAAGAUCCUCACUGUCGUAAUGAGGCUGGUAAUUCUUGAAGAUUAUGAUCAGGCUAGUGAAUGGGCAGCAAAAUACAUCUGUAAUCGUAUUAUCCAAUUCAAGCCAAGCCAAGGAAGAUAUUUCACGCUUGGUCUACCAACAGGGAGUACACCGUUGGGAUGCUACAAAAAGCUGAUAGAAUAUCACAAGAAUGGAGAUCUUUCUUUCAAAUAUGUGAAGACUUUUAACAUGGAUGAAUAUGUAGGACUUCCCAGAAAUCAUCCAGAGAGUUAUCAUUCCUAUAUGUGGAAUAACUUCUUCAAACAUAUUGACAUAGAUCCAAAUAAUGCUCAUAUCCUUGAUGGGAAUGCUCCAGACUUACAGGCAGAAUGCGAUGCAUUUGAAAAGAAAAUUGAAGAAGCAGGGGGAAUUGAUCUGUUUGUUGGAGGCAUUGGUCCAGAUGGCCACAUUGCAUUCAAUGAACCCGGAUCAAGUUUGUCUUCAAGAACAAGAUUAAAGACUUUAGCAAUGGACACCAUUUUGGCAAAUGCUAAAUACUUUGAUGGAGACUUAUCUAAAGUACCAACUAUGGCGCUUACAGUUGGUGUGGGUACAGUGAUGGAUGCUAGAGAAGUGAUGAUUCUUAUAACAGGUGCACAUAAGGCUUUUGCAUUGUACAAAGCAAUUGAAGAAGGAGUUAAUCACAUGUGGACAGUUUCUGCUUUCCAGCAACACCCUCGUACUAUCUUCGUGUGUGAUGAAGAUGCUACUUUAGAACUAAGAGUUAAAACUGUGAAGUACUUUAAAGGUUUAAUGCAUGUGCACAAUAAGCUUGUGGACCCACUGUACAGUAUGAAAGAAAACUGAAAGAAGAAUUCAAGAGGAACUCCAUGUGGGUCAACAGCAACAGUUUUAGGUAGCAGAUGAGUUCACUGCUAUGCAAUAUGCUGAAAACUGUUUAAAAUGGGGAAUCCUAGGUACUGUAUUUUUUUAAAAGGUCCAAUAUCUGUACAUUAACAUUCCAUAUCUGUUGUGCAUUUUGCUUUAAGAUUUGGAGCUCUGUUGUAGGCUGGUGGUACAUAAUUAAAUGGAAUAGAAUAGAACAAACCUGGGGGAGACUGCAUGUUAUGGGCAGGGGGGAGGGGGGAAGCAGAGCACUUAUUCUAGCACAGCAAUGUAACGCAUCUGCCUUGUGUUAGAGAAGAUGAUAUUUUAUUUCCAGGAAUUUGUAACUUUUGGCUUGAUUAGUGUAACUACCUUUUGCGUUUGUGUCUCUAGGCAGAAUGGUUUUGGCCUUUGUCAAUACUAUGGACUUGUAAUAGUUGUAAAAUUUCUACUAUGAAAUGUUCUGUUUACAUAUAUCUAAUGUACACUGAGCUUUUGCACUUGGUUGCCUUAAAUUUAUCUUAAAACAGUUUUUGGGCAUCUCAAGUCCUGCUGUACAAUUCAGGCAAAUAAAAAUAUAAAAACAGUGCCUAAAAAUGCACCAAAUUCUUGAGAGUUGUAACUUCACAGAUAAAAUAUUAAACUUCUGCCAUAGCACUUUUUCCUCUCAUGUAUUUCAAAUUACUUUAGGAUUUUUAUAUUUUUGGUAAUUGGAGCUUUAUACAUAAGAAAUUUAGAUGUUCCUUUCUGGAGGUACCUAUUUAAUCAUACUAUUGAUGUUACUAUUAAAUGCCUGAAAUAAGGUUAAUUUACAGGAAUAUGUCUGCAGGUUUAAUAUAUAAGCAUUUAAAGUCAACUGUUAAUCACUUUGCAAUAGUUACCUCUCGUUGUAUCAUUAUAAACAUUGAGCUGUUAUAAGGAAUGUUAUUUCCUACUUUGAAUAUAAGUAAAACUUCAUAUAUCUACAAUUUCAAAAUUGUUUUCUUUCUACUAUAAAUUCUGACAUGAAUAAAUACUUCAGGGUUUCAUGGA